AAAGCAACAGUUAAAACUUUAGUACAAAAUGAAAAACUUAUUAGUAAGUUAUUAGUAAUGAGUGAACCCCACUGGGUUCUCUUUCCCUCAGAUUCAGUAAAAUUGCAGAAUGUUCAGAAGCUUCACCAAACUUGGUGAGCUGUGUUAAACUCAAUGGGGAAGGAGAAAAUGAAUGAGUUUUGAAUAGAUUAUAAUGGUACAAUUGCUUUUUAAGUGUCACUGACAGCUAGGAGAACAUCUGCCAACUAUGCUGGACUGCUUAUUUUGUGAUAAAAUGUGACCUGAGCUGUGCUAACCAAGGUGCCACCAUGCAUCCCUCAGAAUAAAGUAAUUGAAUUAAAUAUAAGUAAAAUUUGUUGCAGAUAGAAAGCAUGAAUUCACUAAGGAUUGCCCCCACAAAUUCGAUAGCAGGCACCCACAUCUCUCAAACCAAAAGGUUGCUUUUUUUCUCCGCUGCUUUUGAUGCUAUCAACUAAGCACAACAUGAAAGGACAUGGAUUCUUCAUUCCUUCCUGUUUGCAUCAGCUAUUGUGCUAUUAAUAGUGUAUGCUCAUAUAUUACAUACACGUGUCACAUACAAGUUCAUACAAAAGGCACAUUUCUGUUUUGUUGUGUGUGUGUGUGUGUUUUGUGUUUAAAUGUAUUCACAGGUUCAACAAGUUGUAGUCCACUACAAGGAUCAGCAUUGUACACUUGGGGGGCUGGCCCAUCCCUCAUUGACUGCUACAGUUCUCUGAUGUCAUGCUUGCCUUGCAAAGCAUCAUGGAGUUCUGAGGAAAAGAAAGUUUGUCUAAUGCCGGCUGCUCAGGAGAAUAGUUGUAGAAGAUAGUAGCAGACGAACAGAACAUAUUCACUGCAAAAAAUGUUUUGGCAAAUUUCUCAGAUCAACACUAUUAGUAAUUCUAAGGAAUUAUUAAUCAACUUUACUUAGAACAAACUGUUGUAAGAUGGACUUCAAAAUAUAGCAAAAUGGGUGUGAAGCCUCCAAAAUAGAGGCCUUACAUCUGGGUGACCAGGAGUGAAGACUUUGCCUGGCAAAGCUGAUGAGGCAAGACUUUUUCUAAGCCUUGUUGAAUCAGCAGCAGCAGCAACAGGGAGACCACCUUCAGGCCUGGACAAAACAAACAGCAGUAGGACCACCAUUCCACGUGGAGAACGACUAGUCUGGAAAACACAAACCGAGAGUUAACUUACCCAAAGCACCAGGAGAAGUGUGCCAUCAGCUUUCUGACAAGUAAAAGAGGAAAAUAAGCAAGCUAGUGUGACUGCUGUCAAGUAUUCAUCAUCUUCUUUAGUCUGACGCUGACGUCAUUCCCAAAAACGUGAUGGACCUCCAAGGGCCAUUUCCUCAGCGACUACAAGACCAGGGUUGUGCCAGAUGACUAGACGUAGACUCUUCUUGUGGAAUAACAAUAAUGGUGACAGCAGGUAAACCACAAGAGGGGAGAUACAAUGAAAGGCACUCGCACUCAUGAUCAGCGAUAGAACAGUCCAUUGGUCCAUUAAAAGAUCAAUUACAAAAAUAUGGUUCAUCUUUAAAGGUCAAAAAUGCAGUGGCCUGUUGUCUUUCUGAAGAAACCAAUCCAGAUUUUCAAGGAAAUGUUUAUACCUAGAAGACCAAUUUAUUUCAUAAUGACACAAAGACAAUUGAGACCAGUUAACAUUCAGACACCAGCCUUGGUGCGUACUUGUCAAAGCACUUUUUGGAAUUUACGUUUUCAGAGGAACUACAAAAAAGAUUUAAAGACAUCUCUAGAAUAUUUUGAAAACCCAUUGAAUGUGACUGAAAUUAGGCAGUACCUGAAAUCGAAAGACAUUUUGUUUUAUGAUGGCUACUGCUGCUUACAUACUGCAACUCUGUUCAAGCAGCGAUCUGAAGGUUCGGACAGCACAGAAAGGGACAAAUUCUCCUUAUUUAUUGACAAGACUACUGGUCAAUUUCUGUGUAAGGAGACUCUGGUUGAGGGCACCUGGGAGGACUUUCAGGAUUGUAUUGAAGUAAUGCAGAAGGAAGGGCGCAGCUUUUUAAGUCCAAAUGUUCUGGUUGGCUUUCCUGAUACCGAAGAAGAGCAAGAGGAGAAGGAGAUGGAUCGUCGGGAGAUGCAACAAAUCUGGUCUAACUCCAUUGUCCUUUCAGACCUUCCUGAGGAUGAUGCUAAUCUUAUCAAGAUCAUGUUUGGGAUAGGGAAAAUCUCCAAUGGGACUCUGAAGAAAUUUGGAGUCCGGUUUUUUAAGCCUACCAAAAGCCUUGUUUUUCCAUGGCUUUGUAAUAGGAAUAAUAGUAUAAAGGGACUGAAGCUACUUUCUGCUGACUGCCAUGGUGAUGAUGUGGUAUAUAGUGAAGCCACUUUUCCAAAACCUAAUGCUUACCACAAUCUGUUUGGCCUUAGUUUAGUUGGACCCAAGGAUAAUGAAGUUGUUUUGACAGGUCAGGAAAUUGAUGCAAUGGCAGUCAGCCAGGCCACUGGUCUGCCUAGUGUGGCUUUACCUAAGGGGGUUAGUUGUCUCCCACCUGUUUUGUUACCAUACUUGGAACAAUUUAGAAAAAUAACUCUUUGGCUUGGUGGAGAUCUUCGAUGUUGGGAAGCUUCCAAAAUCUUUGCUCGAAAGCUAGGUUUGAAGAGAUGCUCCUUGAUCCGGCCUGGAGAUUCCCAACCUUGUCCAUCUAUUGCAUUGGCCAAGGGAAUAGUACUUGGUAAAAUUCUCAAAGCCUCUAUCCCUGCUGCACACAAGUCCAUCAUUUCUUUUAGACAACUCAGAGAAGAUGUGUUUGGAGAGUUGACAAACAAAGAUCAGGUGUCAGGAAUAAAAUGGACAAGAUUCCCAGAGCUCAAUAAGAUUCUGAAAGGUCACAGAAAAGGAGAGCUAACAGUGUUCACUGGCCCAACAGGCAGUGGCAAGACUACAUUCAUCAGUGAAUAUGCUUUAGACCUGUGUAUGCAGGGGGUGAACACAUUGUGGGGGAGUUUUGAGAUCAACAAUGUUCGCUUGGCCAAGAUAAUAUUAACUCAGUUCUCCCAGCAGAGACUGGAAGAGAGCAUGGACCACUUUGAUGAGUGGGCAGAUAAAUUUGAAGAGCUACCUCUGUACUUUAUGACAUUUCAUGGGCAACAGAAUAUCAAGACAGUGACUGACACAAUGCAACAUGCAGUAUAUCUCUAUGACAUAAGCCACGUGGUUAUUGAUAACCUGCAAUUUAUGAUGGGUCAGGAGAACUUCUCCCUGGACAAAUUUUCUGUACAGGAUUACAUAAUUUCCAAUUUCCGAAAAUUUGCCACAGACAACAGCUGUCAUGUGACACUAAUAAUACAUCCCCGAAAGGAGGAAGACGACAAGGAUCUACAGACAGCCUCAAUAUUUGGCACAGCAAAGGCCAGUCAAGAAGCAGACAAUGUGUUAAUUCUUCAGGAGAAAAAGUUAGUGACGCGUCCUGGGAGGCGUUUUCUACAAGUGGCAAAGAAUCGCUUUGAUGGGGAUGUUGGUGUUUUUCCUCUGGAAUUUAAUAAAAUCUCCCUUACUUUUUCUCCAACAACGGGAAAAAUAAAAUUGCGCAAAUCCAAAGAGGAAACAUUAGAGAAGCCAUUGCAGGCAGAUAUCACAGAAAAAGAGGGAAAGAAGAAGAAAAAGAAGAAAGAUUUAGAGGUGAACACUGAUUAAAUAAAGUGACAAAGAUAUUUUUUACAAACUACAGCUAAUAGUCUGCUGUGAACUGGAAGUUUUUUGACUUCCCUAGUUUGAAGAAUGGCUUGUCUAAUUGGAAAUGAGUUACUGUUUUAUGACAAAGGAGAAAAUACUUUUCAGGAAAAAGUAAGCAUACAGCUUGGAAAAUACAAACUCAAAGAUGAUUUUGGAAGCAUGUAUGUACUUUGUAUGCUAUGUAUGAAUUCAUUAUUUCUUUUUUUAGGAAUUGUAAAUUUUAAUAUAUUGAGAUGUACGCUUUGGUCUCAAAUACCCCUGAUUUUACAGGAGUUCUCAGAGAGCACAUUGGUUUCUGUCCGAAUGUUUCAGAAAAAUAAACUGAUUGAGACCAAGAAUAUGUAUUCUUUACUAAAGUAUAAAAUAAUCUAAUUAUGACAGUUUGCUGACCUAAGACAGCACUGAAGAAUGAAAUGUACUGUAGCCAUUGAGUAAGGGUAUUCAUGAAGUAUUUUACCCUUAAGUAACAAAAAUAAACUUUUAUAAGACACCAGUUAGUGGUGUGGUUCCUUGGCACUGAAAUUCUGUAUUUUUAUUAUUUUUGUUUUUAGAAACGCUCCUGCCCAAUGAUCUUCAACAGUAGAUAACUGGCAUUCAGUUGUUUAUAUUAGAAAAUAAUAGAUUCCACGGUAGAGCAUCAUAAAGUUAGUUCUAGAGAAUUUGCAUUUUAUGAAUUUUUAACUCCUUCAGGUAAUACUGUGAUAUUACAUUUUGGUUUUUUUUCAUAUUAAUAAGAAUUUUUACUUAAUGUGGUUACGUCUGUCUUUUUUUUUUUUAACUGUUUUGUCAGUUAAAUGUUUAAUUGCUUUGUAUUGCAGCACCAGUUUUCUCCACAGUGGGGCAGCAAAGCACUUUGCUUUAAAAACACAAUACUUUGGCAUUUCCUAUAACAGAUGGGAGGUCAUUUCCAAUUUGCUUGGGUGGCUGCAGAGAGAUUAGUGUCAGGAUAUGCAGCACAUCUUGCAAGGUCAACAAAGGACAAACACAGAAUUAAAGUGGAGAUUCAGAAAAGCACAUGAGUGUGGCAGUUUUUGUAUAGAUAAAUCAGGUAGUCUUAAUUUUUUAUACUUCUUGUCCACAGCCUGGUUUAUUUAAAUACCAUAAAACAAAUCAUAUUAUUUAACAGUCAUUGUAUAUGAAUACAAAUCUGAAAUGUACAUCAGAAUACCAAAUAUUAAAAAGUUAAUUAGGUGUGGGAAUAGCAUGUUUAAAACGCAAUAGAAAAAAACAUUGAUUUUCAGCCUUAAUUUAAUGUUGAGGAUGAAGAAAAUUCACAGAUGAACUAAGGCACAGUGUUCCAAAGAUAAUUAGGUAAUUGUGGUAAUGCUGAACUAGGAAACGGCAGCCUCAUUUGCUUCAGGUGGUUUUAUAACUCCCUAUAAUCAUUUUGCUCUGGUCUCAAUUUAUGCCUAUUAUGCUAUAAAGUAAACUUUGAGUAGUUCCAUUGAGAAAAUGAAAAACGUAGACACCCUGUUCUGGAGUGUUAAUUAAGCUAGUGAGAGUACUAAUAUGACGUACAUUUAAUCAAUGUGUAUGUUAGAUUCUGUUCAUUAAUGUGUUGUGUAAAACACAUUAACUUGGAAAAGUCACACUGCAGGAGUUGAGCUUUUAACUCAUUCAGAUUACAUUUCGGAAAAUUAUCAGGCCAUUUUCUGUUGUUAACAUGGGUAAAAUGAAACCAUUUCAAAAUAUUAUUUGGGUUUUAAAUAAUGUGAUACCAUUUUCAGUGACUUUGUAGAAGAUUAGAUGCUAAAAGUACACUGGAGAAUGCUGAGACACUGUUUCUGAAACCAUUUCGAACCUGCUAGAAAAGUCCAGUUUUUUUAUCACCAGGUAAUUCUUUCCUUUAAAUUAAUUUCUUACUUAAACUUCUCAUUUCUGCAAGACAAAUGACCUAAGAGAAUGAACCUCUUUUUAUUCUGUGUAAUACAGUAGUACUGAUCAGUAUUGUUUAGUAGCAUUUUACAUCACAAGGUCCUGUCCAAAGUUGAUUCCUGACUUGUGCCAAAUGAAGCAGUGUUAGGCUUUGGGCUAACACAACCCUCUAGUAAAAAAAAAACUUCGUUUAGAUUGUGGACGGUCAAUGUGUCAAUUUCUAUGAGUUCACCCGAAAGGUGGUCAGAGUAUGGAACAAAUUAUCAUAUUAUAUAUGGAGCAGAAGUCCUAACAACUUGUAAAAUCUAUGUGGAUAAGAUACUGCGAUAAGUCAACUAUUAACUAAACAAAGGAGUUUGAACUGAAUGCACUCUCAUGGCUGUUUUCUCAGACUUUUAAUGUUAUUAUGUUAAUGCGUAAUUCAUCUCUGAAUGUAAGACUGAAUAAAGAACUUUGAUGUAAAAAGGUAUACUAGCAUUAUUGUAAGCAUAAAGCAAACUGAAUCAUUUAAAUUAAUAAAGUACUUAAUUUAAAGUCAUGAUUCAGACACACAGAUCAUCCAGUGUGCCCCACCAGAACUAUUUGAACCAUUUUUUUUUCAGUUUGCAAUCAGUUGUGGUGAAUGAAGGUUUAUCUUUGUAGCCGCUAGGCCUCUAGGUGACACAGCCUGACAGUGUAAAUGAGUUUUUCUUUACAUAUGGUAUUAUUAAUAUAAUGAGCCCAACUUGGUUUCCACUUACAUUCAAACUGAAGUUAAGUUGAGGAAGCUUCCCAUAUAUACAGGUUUAUAGGGUCAAAUUGUCACAUGUACAGAGAACAGAGAUUGCAAAUAUGUAAUGUAUAUUGGGGUACCUUCUAGAAAUCCCUCAGAAUUGAAGGUUAAAUGAAAUGAAAACCUAAUGUAUUCAAAUUCACAAAAUACAAAGAGAUGUGGGGUGUAAAUGCAAAUUAGGAACCACAUUAAGAAACCUUCUUACUUUCACCUCCGUAACAUAUUCCUUGUUCACUCAUUCCUCUCAUUUUCUAAUGC